AUGAAAGAGCAGCUGGGACAUGUAAGAGACGCAGGAUCCUAUGUUUGGAGGGAUGUUGCCAUCACAACGAGGCUAUCUGAUGCUAUGCGUGCCAUCCUUUGCGCCUGCAUCCCUACUAAGUCUGUAGUGACUGAAAUGAGUUCCCUUAUGUCUCGACCUCCUUACCUCACGGAAGAGAAACAAGCCCAGGUCUUGAACAUAUUGACUGAUGUGUCAUGGACGAGCGAUGACAAAGUCAAUGGGCUGAUCGCCCUCUUCUCAGACAGCUAUGAUGCGCGAGAUGUCGAGGGAUCGCGCUCCUAUAUCGCCGGGUUGCUGGAACAGCUCAGAAGCGACCGAGAGAUGCAACAUCGUUUUGAGGCGUUCUGGGACUCGGUGAACAGCGUACAGACUCUGUCCUUAGAGGCAAUCACCAAUGACCCUUCGAUCGAACGCAUACCUCCUAGCUCCUCCGGUAAAGAAUGGUCCAAGGCCCAAAGGGAGAUCGUCGCAGAGAUGGGGCAGGGCAAGACACAUUCCGACAUCACCGCCAACAUGACCAGAGAAGCGGAACUGCGUAACGUCCGCCUUGUCUGGUCCAAGAUCCACCUCGCCCAUCGUAUCAGACUUUGUACCUCUUACACCAGUAAGCACAACGCAGGCGGGCCCGCAGCUGUCCUCAAGGGAAUCUCGGAAGACCUACAAUCGCUACUGGAGAAACCGGAUCCCACUGAAAAUGAUGUUGAAACGCUAGAGUAUAUUCGGACGUUUGUGUCAGAUGCAGAGAAGCAGCAAGUCGUGAGGCCAAGUCUCUUGCGGGUACUGCGGCGCCUGAUGAGUCCUACCCUCGAGUAG